AUGAAUGCAUCAUCAGAAGGAAAAUUUUGCAGGCGACGUCGGACUUAUUCGGAAGAAGAAUCCCAACUUUCAGGAUGGAAGCUGGGUGUCAUUGUUGGAGUGAUAAUUAUGUGUUUUGCCAUGCUUUAUCCGAGCAUGCUUCAUCCUCUCGUAACAUCACUUUUUUUGCGUACGUCUCCGACGCCAAAGACAAUCACGAAUCGACCACCCAUUCAUCCAGCCAUGACUUCAGCACGAUUUCGGCCUGGUUUACAUCAAGGCCUGCAUUAUAUGCGCAUGGCGGCUAGUCAAUCUGAUAAUACUCCAUCAUUCACUUCAUCCAAAGGAAUGUUUGCAUGGAUGCUCCCAAUUUAUACAGUUGGCGUCGUUGCCUUUCUUAUUUAUACUCUUAUAAAGUCAAAAAAAAAGCGACGAACUAGGAGGCAUAACCACUCAUCAACCGAAACUGAAUCUGAGGACGACUUUAAUCAUUUCAAUGGUCGUGCCGGUAGCACUCAUAUAGGUAAACGAAAACUAGAAGGAUUGCAAGAACGCUUAAAACAAACUGAAAUUGCAAUGGAAAAAAUUUUAGAGCAAUUGAACACAAUUUCCACUGAAGCAGCGAAUGUAGCUAAGCGUAGUUUGAUGACUGAAACAGAUAAUGAUAAUGAAGAUUCAGUAAGGCGAGAUGUUGAUCAGCAAGAUGGAAAAACAGAGCAAUAUUUGCGUGAUCUUGAAGAGGCAUUGCGAGACUUCAAACAGCUUUCCAAAAAAUAUCGAAGUCAAGGACAGAAUGAUAGUAGUACUGUUAGCGAUGCUGAUUCAUGCAACGAUGAAAGUAUGGAAGGUUGUGCAACGACAGUAAAAAUAAAUAAGGAUUCCGAGGGACAUAAACAGAAUGCCUCCAAUCAGUAUCCAAAAAAACGUCCAAAAACCUAG